GCCCUCCGUCCGGGACCAGCCCUCCCUGUCUCCCACUCCCCCGCCAUCAGGCGACUCCAGGACCCUGCGCUCUGUGCCUGCGCCGGCCGAAGAGCUCCCGCGGCAUCGGGGCAUUCCUGGGGCUUCUUUCGGUGAAGUUAGGGGGAAAGGGCGACUUUUUAAUCACUUCGUUCAUUCAUUAAUUCGGUCAUCCUUUUAUUCUUUGCAAAACGAGUUCCUGAGGCAGCAGAGUGAAGUGGUUCCGAGUGCAGACUCCGAAGCCUGGCUUGGUUUCCCCCUUGGCCGUUUGUGACAGUGGGCAGGACAGGGGGCCUCAGCGUCCACACAUGAAACAUGGGAUGAUAGCAGUAUCUCCUUCAGGGGGCGGUUGGGGAAAUGGAAUUAAACAAUGAAGGCAAAGUCUGGCACAUAUAAGCACUCCGUAAAUUGCAGAUAUUACCGUGAGCCAGACGCUGUACUAAGAUCAUGGUUUUGAGAGGUAGAUGGGAGGAUAACGUCAGUUGAGGUAAGUACCGGUGUAAAUCCAGGGAUAAAUGCUGUGGUCGCACAUGCAAAGGGCUGAGAAUAUAAUGGAGGGAGAUGUACAGGGGAGGUUAAGGAGGGCGGCGAGGGAAGCUGUGCUUGACAAUGAGUACAAGUCCACCAGGGAUGUCACGGGACUUCUGGCAGAGAAAUCCCUUAAAGGGUCAGAUGUGGGGAUUCGUGGCGUUCCCGGGAGACUGAGAAGUGUGCUAUGGUUAGAACUGAGAGGGUCCUUUCCCCCCGGAAGCUCCUCUGCACUUCCGCGGCACCGCGUCUGCGCCUCCAGAACAGCACUUCGCACAUAUUUUCACACAGAAAUGUUCUUUUUAUGCUUCUCUCCCUCGCCUCAGGUCAGGGAUUUUGCCUUGGCCUUUGUCUCCUCCCAUAAUGCCUGGCAUUUGGUACAUGUUUGCUGAACUUGAAGAGACAUAUGAGCAAUGAACCUGGAGAGCUGGGUUGCAGACAGAUUUUGAACUCUCUUGAAUGGAAGGCCAAAGAAUUCUGACUGCCUUUUUCCAAUAGGCAGAGGGAAGCCAUUAACCUGAGUUUUUAAAGAGCAAGUUUAGCAGCACUGGAGAAUAAAUUAGACACAGGGACAGCCUGGAGGGAGUACCAGUUAGGAGUCAACAGAAAUGUCUCAGGUUCUUCCCAUAUGUAUGUCAGAAAUUGAACACGUUAAGGUUACUGUUAGUACAUUUCCCCCCAGGACCAGUUAAAAGUUUCCGUACCCGACGCACAGAAUGAGAACCGCCUCUUCCUGUUUUUCACUCUACUCCCUUUUCUCCUGCUGAUCCUGGACAUACGUGUGAUGAUACUCUGAGAAAUAUUUCAGGUCUCAUUUAAGUAACUGGGCUUGCAGUUUGUUCAGGAUUGGGAGUGAUGGUGAUUCUAAUGGUAAAUUAGUGGAGUGAGAUGGAAAAUAGAGUCCCAGUUGCUGUAAUCCAAAUUCCACCUUGUGGUUCAUUCAGCCCAGUAGGUAUUAUCAUCAUGUGUGAUUUGAUGACUGUCAUGUAACAGUUGUAUUUCUCUUCAUUUCUGCAGGGAGAACAUCUUUGGUCCUACAGUGUUGCUGACACUGACAUUUUUCUAAGUGGUCUUGAACAGCCUACUUUUUAUGUAAAUAACAACUAGACUUCAUAUUUUCCACUUCAGAAACCUAUAAGCUAUAGCUGCCAGAGAGUUAAAAAACACUACUUUUAGGAUAUCAUCUACAUUUAACUUGAAAGCUCUUCUUAUUUAAAAAUGUUGAGAUACUGGGGAGAGAUACCAAUCUCAUCAAGCCAGACCAACAGAAGUUCCUUUGAUUUGCUGCCUCGGGAGUUCCGCCUGGUGGAAGUCCAUGACCCACCGCUGCACCAACCCUCCGCCAACAAGCCCAAGCCCCCUACGAUGCUGGAUAUCCCCUCAGAGCCAUGCAGCCUCACCAUCCAUACCAUUCAGCUAAUCCAGCACAACCGGCGCCUGCGCAACCUCAUUGCUACAGCUCAGGCCCAGAACCAGCAACAGACGGAAGGUGUAAAGACUGAAGAGAGCGAACCUCUCCCCUCUUGCCCUGGGUCACCACCUCUUCCUGAUGACCUCCUGCCUUUAGAUUGUAAGAAUCCCAAUGCACCAUUCCAGAUUCGGCACAGUGACCCGGAAAGUGACUUUUAUCGUGGGAAAGGGGAACCUGUGACUGAACUUAGCUGGCACUCCUGCCGGCAGCUCCUCUACCAGGCAGUGGCCACCAUCCUGGCCCAUGCAGGCUUCGAGUGUGCAAAUGAAAGUGUCCUGGAGACCCUAACUGACGUGGCACAUGAGUAUUGCCUUAAGUUCACCAAGUUGCUGCGCUUUGCUGUGGAUCGGGAGGCCCGACUAGGGCAGACGCCUUUUCCUGACGUUAUGGAGCAGGUAUUCCAUGAAGUGGGCAUUGGCAGUGUGCUCUCCCUCCAGAAGUUCUGGCAGCACCGCAUCAAGGACUAUCACAGUUACAUGCUACAGAUCAGUAAGCAACUUUCUGAAGAGUAUGAAAGGAUUGUCAAUCCUGAGAAGGCCUCAGAGGACACUAAACCUGUAAAGAUCAAGGAGGAACCUGUGAGUGACAUCACCUUCCCGGUCAGCGAGGAACUGGAGGCUGACCUUGCUUCUGGAGACCAGUCACUGCCCAUGGGAGUCCUCGGGGCUCAGAGUGAGCGCUUCCCGUCUAACCUGGAGGUUGAGGCUUCACCACAGGCUUCAGGUACAGAGGUAAAUGCUUCCCCUCUUUGGAAUCUGGCCCACGUGAAAAUGGAGCCUCAAGAGAGCGAAGAAGGCAAUGUCUCUGGGCACGGCGUGCUGGGCAGCGACGUCUUCGAGGAGCCCAUGUCAGGCAUGAGUGAAGCUGGAAUCCCCCAGAGCCCGGAUGACUCAGACAGCAGCUACGGCUCCCACUCCACUGAUAGCCUCAUGGGAUCCUCCCCCGUUUUCAACCAGCGCUGUAAGAAGAGGAUUAGGAAAAUAUAAAAGGAAAAGAGAUUUCCUGUCCAAACCUACAAACCCAUCAGAAAACCUGAUAUAUUCAGAUUUGUUUCCAUAGCGAUUUGACUCUUAAACACACUGGAUUUUCCUGAUUUCAGUGAAAUUGGACUUAACCAAACAAGUUUGCAUAUUACUUUUGCAUUCAGUUUUUGUAAUUUUCCACACCAACCAAGCCACAUUUUACAGGUAUGUCAUGAUGCUGGGAUGGUAAUCAGGAGAUCAGAGCACUGUCUUUGACGGCUGUCCUUGUGACUAGACCUGUUGCUUAGCUUCUCUAAGGCCAUUUCUCUUGCACAACUGAGAAUUGUACCACUUUGACCCAUGUUGCAGGGCUGCUGUGAAGACUAAGAUGCUAUUAAACCUCAAAGUUGUGCUUGAAUAAGAUUCACAAGUAAAUGUAUGCUGGUAUCAGA